CCGUCAGCGGCGAGCGGGCUGGCCGUUGGUGUUUUGGUAGAGGAAGCAAGGCGGCGGGAGAGAAGGGGAGACAAAGGUUUCCGAGCCGGAGAUCGGUCGUAGGUCGACGGACUCGGCGAGCGUUCCAGUAGAAAGAUGAGCUUGAAAUCAGAACGUAGAGGAAUCCAUGUGGACCAAUCAGAGCUGCUAUGUAAAAAGGGCUGUGGUUACUAUGGAAAUCCUGCGUGGCAAGGAUUUUGUUCUAAGUGCUGGAGAGAAGAGUACAGUAAAGCCAGACAGCGACAAAUUCAGGAAGACUGGGAGCUUGCAGAACGUUUACAGCGCGAAGAAGAAGCUGCAUAUGCUAGCAGUCAAGGGGCACCAUCACUCACAUUUUCUAAAUUUGAAGAGAAAAAGACAAAUGAGACUAAAAGGAAAGUUCAGACUGUCAAAAAGUUCUUCAGCCCAUCAUCCAGGGCUGCACCAAAAAAAGCAGACAGUCAGGAAGUCAAAGCUUCAAGUCCAUCCAUAAAUAGACAGGCCAGCCUGGAAACAGAACGAGCUUCGAAGGACUUUAUUGAUUUCUUGAAGGGCUUUCGUAGGCCAGGUCAAGAUAUACUAAAACAAUGUCGGGCAUUUAUUGAAAAUAUGCAGCAUAAAAAGGAAUUAAGUAUUGAAGAGCAGUCAGAGUGCGUCCAGGAUUUCUAUCAAAGCAUGGUUGACCGACUACAGUCUCACUCCAGCUUUAAAGGUUCUCCUGAAGGGAUAGAGAAGAUCAUGGAUCAGAUUGAAAACUAUAUGAUGACACGACUGUACAAAACAGUAUUUUGUCCAGAGACUACUGAUGAUGAGAAAAAAGAUCUUGCAGUUCAGAAGCGAAUUCGGGCGUUACAUUGGGUGACACUUGAAAUGCUGUGUGUUCCAGUAAAUGAAGAAAUCCAUGAAGUUUACGAAUUAGUUGUAAAAGCAAUAACUGCUGUAAUAGAAAUGGAUUCAAGACGAGUUCCACGUGAAAAACUGACCUGCAUCACUAAAUGCAGCAAACACAUUUUCAAUGCCAUAAAGAUCACAAAGAAUGAACCUGCCUCUGCUGAUGACUUCUUACCGACGCUUAUCUACAUAGUAUUAAAGGCUAAUCCCCCUCGGUUACAGUCAAACAUCCAGUAUAUUACACGAUUCUGUAACCCAAGCAGACUGAUGACUGGUGAAGACGGAUAUUAUUUCACAAAUUUAUGUUGUGCAGUUGCCUUUAUUGAAAAGUUGGAUGCUCAGUCUUUGAAUCUAACGCAAGAAGAUUUUGAUCGCUACAUGUCUGGUCAAGCAUCACCGAAGAAACAUGACUCUGAAGAUUGGUCUACUGGGGCGUGUGCAGGAAUGAAACAAAUGUGCAAAAACUUAAAUCUUAUUUCACAGCUGAAUGAGAGGCAGCAAAGGCUUCUGUCUGCUGCCAAACAGCUUGAAAAGGACUUAAUUGAUUGGAGUGAAGGUGUAACUAAAGAAGUUGAAGACAUCAUUGAGAAAUACCCACUUGAUAUCAAUCCUAGGGGCCAGUCAGUAGUGGCAAUCGAUUCUGACAAUGUAGAAAAUGACAAGCUUCCACCACCAAUCCAGCCACAAAUGUUUGUUGGCUGAAAGAAUUAAAACUACAAAUAUGAGCAAACUCUAUGCAGAGGUGUGUUCAUUUCGAAGCUACAUAUUUGCUGAGAAUUUGGAACUUAAAUGUGACUUUCUAUGUCAAUACCUAUAAUUGUAAAGUUAUAUCAGUACUUUUGAGGUAAAAUAAGAAUGUAAAAUGCUGGUGCGGGUAAAUAGCAGCCAUUCAGACAGCACCAAUGGAAUUUGCAACUCCUACCUGACUAGCUGAGCACUUUCAGCAUUGUGUUCCUAUUGCAGAUUGUGAAUUACUGGAAGAGCUAGUUUGUUCCAUCUUUUUAAAACUAGAAAGUGUCUGUUUUUUACUUUCUAUAUUCUUUGUGACAUUAUUUUAUUUUAAUGCUAUCAUUGAGAAUAAUUGUAUUCAGGGAUUCUAGUUUAAAUUAUCUCAAAUUGUAUUCUGUUUAAUAAUGUUGUUGAGAUUUUCACCAGUGUUCUCAGUUUAUAGAUUGAGUUGUUAUAAAAUAGGUAGCAUUAUAACUAUUCUUUUAAUUAUCUUAAACAUAGAUUUGUUACAAAGAUAUUUAGUUUGCUCAUUGCAGUACAGGUAAAUGACUUGGCAAUACAGGUUUUCAAAAUUUUAAAGGAGUAACCAAUAAAAGCACAAAAUAUUCAUGUUUUUAUUUUCCCUCUGGUAUUAACUAGAAAAAAAACACAUCAGUAAAACACACUUCUGCCUCUCUCAAUUUUAAAAUUCAAUCAGUGAUACAGAUGACUUGCUGAGAGGUUAUUCUGAUGUGGCCCAAUUGAUUGGAUUUGCAGAUCUUGUAAUUGUAAUGUUGGAAUGGUCAAUGGGCCAUCUGCAAUAAUACAACUUGGAUGUGGUUCAUGGUAAUUGAAAUUCAGAUUGUGUUCUGGUCCAGCUUUGAUAGAGAAAAAAUAUUUUAAUUUUGAAUACACCCAAUUCUUUUGCAAUUAUUUUAGUCUUUACAUUGCAUAACCAUUUCAAUAGUUUGAUAACAUUUGAAUCACCAGAAGUUUUGUGUGUACUGUACUCAUUUUUCUAGUUCCCAGAAUCUUAGACUCCAAUUGUAUAUUAAUUUUAACAGUACUCACUGAUUUCAUAUGUGUCAUUGAGGACAUCUUGUAUUUGAGAAGUAAAAUAAUAGGCAGCUAAUAAACCGUUCCAUUACAUUGGUUCCAUGACUCCACAAUUAUCUUUCUAACUUGAGAAUUGUUUUUGUGAUAACUUCCCUGUGAGCAGUGAGCAGUGGAUAAACUAAAUCCGCAUUAUAUCAGUAGGGUGAUUUGUUUGACAGUUUCCAAGCUUCAUUAACUCCAAAGUGAUUUGCACCAUAUUGAGGUUUCUUUCAAUUUUCAAGCCUGAGUGAGUUGGUUGCUGUAAAUGAAGUAGUGCAAAAGUUGGAAAAUUGACUUAAGUACUUUGCUGCAAAACGUUAACCAAUUUUUAAACUGUUGAAAUGUGUGCUUUGUGUGUCUCUAAAUCCCUUUGCUGUAAUUGGCUCACUGUCAAAUAGUGUGUGGAUUUUUAAUGCACACAUAGUCACCACCUCUGAAGUACUAGAAGUUUGUACAGUAGAAUUUGUGGCAUUUAAAUCUUUCCUGACACUCCAUCUAACUUUCACAUACAGGUUAUUUAUAAAUUUUAUUUAAAUAUUUUCUUGAGUUGUCAUACACCAAAGCAACUGGGUCCAUUUUUUCUCUCUUGUCGGGAAAAUCAGUGUAUCUCUAGAAACUUUUUAUUGAAAAGGAAUACAUUUUCAUUUAUACUUUUUUUUUUGCAAAUCCUUGUAAAUAUUGAGGAUUAAGCACUAUUGUAUGAAGUAACACUACUUUUGCUAUGCCAGAAGAUGCACAAAAUACCUUGAUGCAAUGAGUUAAUUCUUCCCACUAAAAUGAUUUAAAAAAUUUAUGUUGCAUGAAAUAAGAACUGCUGUAAGCAAAUCAUUAAUGGGUUUUGUAGAAUUUAAUAUUGUUUAGGAUUAACAGUCUAGGGCCCUAAAAUUUUUGCAUUUUAACUUGAAGUAAACUUUAAUUUCAUCAAUAUUUUACAUGCUUCCUAGUAAUACAGUAAACUGAAUUGCAUUAGAUUUGACAUUGUUACUGCCUAAGAAUUAGACUGGUAUGAACCCCAAAACUUUGAGGAUCAGGCUAGCAGCAUCUAGUACACAGCUUGCAGUCUUGAAUAUUUCUGUAAUUACUCAAACUAUUUAUUUAGAUGUUUUGAGAUUAGGCAAUGAAAGUAAAGGAUAAUGCUCCUAGUUUGUGAAGUCAGUCUUAUUUAUCUAUCUAUUGAAUGGGUACCCAGUGGUAAAUUAGUUUUGAAGUUUCACAAUUCUGGUAUUAAAUUAAAAAUCCAAUGAUGAAUUCAGACCUGAGUGGCAUUCUUUUAUUGGAUGAGCAUUUCUUGGUGAUUCAUCUGGUGACUGUUCAUGUUGUGCGCAAUUCUGUAGUUGGGAUGCAUGCCAGAAAUAUUAAAUUAAAAUUGAUUAUAUGGCUGUUUUUUAGAUAAUCUUUUCUAACACUUCCAAAUUAACUGACCAUCCUGUGAUUUCCUUAAUUUUUAAAUGUGUAAUGCAGAAAUAAUACAAAAUAUGGAAAAAAGCAAUCUGAAAGCAUUUCUAUCAAAACAAAAAUCAAUUUAAUGUCCUUGAUUUUACAUUUUUUAAGUGAACUAAUAGCUUUGUCUUUAGAUACAUUUAACUCCAUAGUUUACAUCUCUCAGUUUAACAAAUAAUAAACAUUAAUUUAUCAUAAACUCAUGUGGCAGGACUCUUUCACUAACAAGAGUAAUCUAUCAAGACUUUCAGACAGCGACCCAAGAUUCAGAUUUGGGUAUCAUUUGGAAGGUAAAGAAAGGCAAGCUUGUACUGUUUAAAAUGGACAAGGAAAAGUGAUGGGAAGAUGCUUCUGUAACACAACUAAUGCUAAAACUGGAAAUACCUGUAAUUAUAACUGUUACUCUAUCAGUUACCAUGUGAGUUAAUAAGGAAGUGUGAUUUCUUCCAAUCCUCACACUUGCUUAAGCAAUAAAUUGUUCAAGCAUUACUUGAACUUGCUGGCAGGUUUGUGAAUGUUUGACAAGACUAAUAAUUUGCUUUUUCUUCGAAUGAAAUAAUAAGCAAAAUGUAUUGAACAGAGAAUCGAUAGAACAAAUGGAACCAGGAUUUGUUCUAAGAAAUUCACAGUAGAUUAGAUAAAACCUCCAAUAUUUAAUUUGAUGGUAACAAUUUUGCAUCACAGGCUUUUCUAAUACUCAAAUUCCACUUGGUUGUUCAAUUGCUAGCCAUCCAUUGAAUAAAGAAUUCCAAAGCAAGUGAGUUCCUUGGUACAGUAUAUCAAAGAAUCUUAAAGUAACUGGUGCAAUUUAAAUUUGUAUUUUUCUGCUGAUUUUUAUUGUAGAGUAAAAUCAAUUAUGUGAUUAGAAAUAUAUUGUCAUCAUAUUGAACAAGUCUUUUUAUUUUUAUCAUCUUGUAUAACUUAUCUGCAAUAAUCUGUACGGUUCCAUGUUGAAUGCAUUUUUAGUGUCUUAAGUGAUUUUUAAAGAUUAAGCAGAGACAUUUGCUUAAACGAUUUAAAUGCUAUAGUCUGCACUUUGAUUUUAAGAUGUAUAAUAACAUUGGUUUAGUGUCAUUGUGGAAAUGUUGGAUACAAUGUAAUCUUUGGAAUCCUGGUCAAAAGAAUAUGGUAUCUCCAAAACAAAAUAUUAAAUGGAAUUUUAGAAAUGGA